AUGUUAAAACCUACAGUUAAGAUGCUCAUUCAGGGCAAUAAGUAUCGUGUCGCAGCUACCAAUAACGCACUUAUGCCUACUUCAUCCAUUACUAGGUCUCUGAAGGCUGCUAAUAUUACAAGGCAUACUAGUUACCGAUUCAAUUCAAGCCCAUCAGAGAAACCUUCGGCGAAUAAGAUGGUAAAUGUGGCACCACCAAAGCCCUCUCUGUGGACAAGAGUCAAAAAGGAAGCAAGACAUUAUGUGGAUGGCACAAAAUUGCUGGGUCUAGAAAUGAAGAUAUCUUUCAGAUUACUCUCGAAAAUGUCUGCCGGUUAUGAAUUGACACGUAGAGAAAUGCUGCAAUUGAAGAGAACGACCCAGGAUAUCAUCAGACUGGUACCGUUUGCGGCGUUUGUCCUAGUGCCAUUUGCUGAAUUGUUAUUGCCUGUUGCAUUGAAACUGUUUCCAAAUUUAUUACCUUCAACAUAUGAAUCCAGCAAAGAUAAAGAGUCCAAACUGGCUAGUUUGAGGAAAAGCAGAAAGUUAAUGGCCGAAAUCAUCAAGGACAACACAUCACAUUUCAAACCGGUCAACAUUUCAGAUGAACAAAAGGCUGUGUUCAACAAAUUCUACGAGCAUGUGCGCAAAACCGGUGAGCCAGAAUCAAGACAGCAGCUGAUUCAAGUUGCAAGGUUGUUUACAGAUGACACCGUUCUGGACAAUGUUACGCGGUCAUACUUGGUGGCCAUCGCGAAAUACAUAAAUUUGCAACCCUUCGGCACCGACGUUAUGCUCCGUUAUCGUAUCAGGUACAAGAUGCUUGAGUUGAAGAAGGACGAUCUCUCGAUCUACUAUGAAGGGAUUGAUCAACUCAGCCCAGCAGAGCUCUUCACCGCCUGUUCUUCCAGAGGUAUCAGGUGUCUAAACGUCGACGACUCUGUCCUGAGAGAUAACUUGCGCCUGUGGCUGAACAUGAGACUGAAGGAUAAGAUUUCCUCCACCCUAUUGAUAAUGGCUACCGCGUACAACUACGGUGAAAUUACCUCCAGGAAAUCUCUCUACGACGCUCUAUGUGACGUGCUGAGCGGCAUACCAGACGAGUUGUAUCAUGAAGUCAAGGUGAACAUUGUGAAAGAAGACCAUGUAUCCGCCAAACAGAGGUUGGUCCAAUUGAAAGAGCAAGAGGAAAUCAUGAAGGAGGAGGAACAGCAGGAGAAGAACUCGCUUGUCCGUGUGAAGGAUCAACUGAGCCUAGAUGACAUAGAUAACCAAUCAACACUGCCUCGUCAUACGCCACCGCUGUCUUUUACUGGUAAGAUGUCGCCUGUGGCAAAAACGCAAGAGCAAGUGCCUCAGCAGUCCAUAGCCCAGCCAUCGGCUGACGCCUCUCAAAAUUCUACCAAGAGUAGCGAUUGA